CACAAUCGAGACGCGGAAUUUGGCCGAUCUAGACGUCAAAGAAUUUCUGGUCUGAACCCUGACUGAACGUUUACACUAGUAAAACCUCCAGCUACCGACGAAACAACAAAGGAAAAAAAACUCCAUACACGAGCAAACUUCACUAGUUCAAAUCGAUUCUGAACUAAUACUUCCCGGAUUUUUAAUACGACCUACGAAUUCUGUGCCGCAUCAAUCCCCUUAUCGUUUUCCUGCCUUGACCGGUCCAGGACUGGACUGUGUCGCCUCCCUUCCCUCCUUUGUCUCCCCCAGUGCGACCGUGUCAGCGUGUGAGGGAAAAAGGCAAAGAAAAAUAAGAGGAGGGUGAAGCAAGAUGCAAUGUCGUAUCCACCGGCCAAGCGACAGCGAUCUAACACGUCGCGAGAAUCCGCCAACGGCACCCCGCAAACCACAGCUCCCGCUCUGCGACAUCACCAAGUUAACCCAGGUCUCAGCAUAUACUCGCCCACAGGUUACGAGAAUGGCGGUUACUCUCUCCAGCCUACCGCUCGCCAAGCAGUCACCUAUAACCCUUAUUCGCCUGGUCCGGUGACCAAUUCAGCUGGCGGAUAUGCCGGGACGUAUCAGACCUCGUCGGCAGCCUACAGCGCUGGUCCUUACAGCCCCCAACAACAGGCGAACAGUUUCGCGGCACAUUAUUCACAAGCAGCCCCUAAUGGGCACAUGGCCUCUCACCCUUCACACUAUACGCAAGCAGGCGUUAACGGAAUCCGCAAUGGGAACUUUGCGGAAACACAAGCCCAGACACAGACACAGACGCUCUUACAAAGUCAAUCACCGCAGCCGGGAACAGGUGGAACGUAUUCACCAGUGCCGACGAAUCACCAUGUUACAAGCUACCAACACCAACAACCACGCACGAAUCCUCCUACAUCGACAAUACCACAACAUCCACAGCAUCCUCUAUCGCAGUAUGGAGAACCAUAUACUACUCAACCUACCGCGCACGCCACGUCGUAUCACACCAACGCCAAUUCCUACUCAGAUCCUUCCACCUUGAACUCGCACUUCAGCCCAGCACAUCUACCUAGUCCGGCGCAUCUACAUAGCCCUGCUCCUUUACCGACUCCUAUACAUCAAAAUGGUAACAGUCUCACACCUGAAGAUAUGCAAGAUGACGACGACGACGAAGACGCGCUGGGUGAAGCGGCGGACGAGUCUACAGAGGUCUAUACCAACCCCGAUCUGUCGAAAACAUCUAUACCAUCGAUACCGUCUGUUCCUACGCCGCCAGUCGACACGUCAUCCAGAGGUAGCCAGAGAUUUAAAAAGUGCUCUUGUAAGACAGGGCGCGGUGAUAAGAAGGCCUGCGUGUUCUGUGUGUGUAGCAAGCAGGGACUAAGUUGUAAUCCGACCUGUUCGUGCGGUGACGCGUGCGCGAACCCGUUCACGGAUCUGACGCAGUUCUUCGGCUCACCACCGGCAUUCCCUAAGCCUUGCGGCGCUAACGCAUGCUUCGCUACUUGGCUUUGUAAUCAGCCGAACGUGGAAGAGCUGGACACGGAACUCAUAAUAGAUAUCCUACUCUACGAUGACACAUCGUGGGCAUCCAUUCAGAAGAAUAACGAGCCGUUCAAGAAGUGGGAGGAAAGUUGGAAGAGGGCUCGUGGCGGUAAGAGAAAGAAGAACCGUGAAGAUCGGGAGCGCCUCGAAUUCGAGCUGCUACGGGGUGCUCUAGGCAAUUGCAACCAGAAUGACUUCUACGGCCACUGGUAUAGCUUCUGUCAGGGCGGCUGGGUUCCUACUGAUGCCUGGUACCAUUGUCAGGAAUGCCGCCUCUGUAAACCCAGUCAGGAAUGGCAUUGUGAUAAACAUAACCGUUGCACAACGGGAGGUGGCUGUCCUGAAUGUGCGUCUGCCGUACCGUAUGCCAACAUGCUGGCAUAUCCAGAUCCCGGCAGUUAAACUUGGGGGGUUUCGGGCGUUGCCCCGUACCUGGCCUGAAAAAAGCAAUUGCUCUUUUUUAUAUUCCUCAUUGCGGACGCUUCGGAGGGAUGGACUCGGAAUAGAUAACGUGCGUUGAAGGGGGUACACAACAACGGGAAUUUUACAAACUUGCUUAUAUAUACCUUGCAUCCGCGGCG